CCCCCGACACCCCUCACGCGUGAUCGGACUUUUCUUGACGUUUUCUUUUUUUCUUUCCCCAGAUACCUCCGUGUCCUGCAAUACAUAUACCAGACGACAAGCACUCCGCAACCAUGUCUGACUAUUCGGCGUCGCCAUCCGACCAUCAUAGUGAUAUCCACGCACCAAAACGCAAAGCUACCCAGGCAGGCCUCGAUGGUCACACAACCGGUCGUUCGGUCAAGAGGAGGGCUUCCAAGGCAUGUCAGUGUUGUCGAGCUCGCAAGGUGCGAUGCAAUGUCACAGAGCAUGGCGCUCCCUGCACAAACUGCAGACUAGAUGAAGUCGAAUGCAUUGUAUCGGAGAGCAGGCGCAAAAAGAAAUGGAGCAAAGACGACGACCAAGGCACAGAAAGCACCAGCUCCUCAGGAAAUGCCACUCGUAAAAUUGCGUCGCGUGACGCUCUAGACGGUUCCCAGGGACUAAACCCAGCCACAUCGCGAGCGUCACAUGAGGCAGAAUCAAGACGAGACGAGCACGUUCCUCACUCGAUAUACCAAAGCCAUGGCCAUCGUGUCAAUCCAUCUGCGUCCAUAUCGGAUAUGCGGCGCCGGCUUUCAAUUACCUCGCAGAUCAACAGCCUGCCAAAUCUACCAUUUUCACCAUUUUCCAAUGAGCCUCGAGCUCCAUUCUUCGGGAGCCUACCGCAGAAGCCUGCGCCUGGCGAACUUCCGAGAUUCAUUAAGCCUCUUCCGUCCAAAAUCGGGCCUGAUGAGAUUUCAUAUCUGGAGAAGAAGGGUGCCCUGAACGUGCCUAGGGGAACACUGCGUAGUGAGAUGCUGCGCGCCUACGUGGAAUUUGUUCAUCCAUAUAUGCCAUUAUUGGACCUUCAUGACUUCCUCAUCAUGGUAGACGGCCGAGACGAACGCAAGGGCAAAGUCAGUUUGAUCUUGUUUCAAGCAGUCAUGUUUGCAGGAUCGGCAUUUGUUGAUAUGGAACACCUGCGCGCUGCGGGCUAUACUUCUCGCAAGGAUGCCCGCAAGGACUUUUUCCAGAAAACUAGGAUUCUCUACGACUUCGAUUACGAAUCCGACCGCGUUUCGCUGGUCCAGGCACUGCUGUUGCUGACAUACUACUAUGAGACUCCUGAUGACCAGAAAGACACAUGGCAUUGGAUGGGCGUUGCAACGUCUAUUGCCCACACUAUCGGCUUGCACAGAAACCCUGAUAACACCAACCUUGAUAGCAAGCGCGUCAAGCUUUGGAAGCGAAUAUGGUGGUCAACUUACAUGCGAGAUCGGCUUAUUGCACUCGGUAUGCGCCGACCUACAAGAAUAAAGACUGAGGAUUUUGAUGUGCCAAUGCUUACUCUGGACGAUUUCGAGCUUUCGCCUCUGCCAGACGAUGUUACAUGCCUUCCAGCGGAUUGUCGUGUUGCCAGAGAUGUGGAUGCGCAACGGCAGUUGGCCAUCUUGUGCAUUGAAAAGGCCAGGCUGUGUUUGUGCAUCUCGCACGUUCUGUCCAAGCAAUACUGCGUGCUCAACAACAACCAGGGCCUCCAAAACGACCGUACAACCAUGAUGUUGCUUCCUAAGAAACUGGAUCCUGAGACGAGUGAAGUCAAAGUAUGCGAUGAGGAUCUCCAGAAAUGGGUGACGGAGCUGCCUGAAGAGGCAAAGUAUACGGACAAAUCAAGCGGUGUUCCAGCUAUUGACCUUGCACGAUCACUGUUGCACAUGGUCUUUUUCACUACAUUGUCCGCGCUACAUCGGCCCCAGGUUUUACCAAAUUCACAAGGUGGCCCAGCGAGCGCUCCAACGAAGAGCAACGUUGAACCCGAGCUUCUUGAUGUUUCACGCCGCAAUGUUCGCCGUGCAGCUUCAGCAAUCACAUCGAUUGCUCAGCGGCUUGAACAAGGUGGUCUCGUCAGGUAUCUGCCAACAACUGGUGUCACUGUUCUCCUUCCGGCCAUUAUCAUCCACUUGCUUGACAUCAAGGCGCCAGAAGAGGAAACACGACGAUCUUCCUUACGAGGCUUUUGCCAGUGCAUGGCCGUCAUGGGCCAACUGCGGGAUGUCUAUGCCGCUGCUGACUACUCUGUAGCCUUCCUUGAGGCUGCAAUCCGGAAAGCAGGCAUUCACGUUGCCCCCGUAGCUACCCAAACUUCACCCGUAGCCAAGAGCACGCCCGCAAGGACAGUAGAAGAACUCGUGGACGCCGGCCGACGACUAGAUCUCGUUAACGAAGCAUCAACAGCCAUCACAUCGGCAACAUCACAAACCGUCCGCCCCUCAACUCUCACACCACCUCCCGACCACGGCACCACAAACAUGUACGCUCUGGAAAAACACAACAACGAACCAAACGUAACCGACGAAGAAGUCGCCCGCCGCCUCGAAACCUUCCUCGCUUCCACACCCCCGGAUUCCGACCACGAGCACAUGUCCAGCAUCACCAUCUCACAAGAAAGCCCCAUGGUAACCGCCACAGCAGGCCUAUCCUCAAACUCUCACCAUCAUAGCCAUUAUGACAUGUCGGACAUGAACAAAUGGAGCGCCUUCGACCUCAGCGCCUUCUCAAACAUCAACCACCACCAAGACGACGAGAUGCUCUUUUCAAGUUUACCCCUCAACAACGAGUUUGACGACGGCGACUUUGAUAAGCUGCUCAACAUGGAAGCCGUGGGCGAGUCGUAUAAUCUUGACGGUGUGACGCUUGAUUCCGGCAAUCCGGGGAACAUGGGGCUUGGUGAUGUCGAUUGGCUUGUUGCCGCAGAAUAAUCUUUUUAUGUUGAAGCGUAAAAGUGAGAGUUUUAUUUUGAGGGAUUUCUUUGGAGUAAUCGCCCUUUAAUGAUGUCAAUGCCUCUUUUUUUUUCCGUUACAUUUUUUCCCCUUUCUUGGAAGAGGAUUCUGAGGGGUUUUCUUUGCUUUUCAAGGAAUAGAAGUUUAUGGGAUACGGCUAUUUGCAAUGGGUAAAUGAUGGAGAGGGAAUAAAAAGUUUACGACUUGGUUUAUAUAUAUACCCAUUUCGAGGUUUUGGAUUUCGGUAUUUCGUUAUAUAUUUCUGGUUUUUAGCUACUAGUUAUUCUCGGAUAUAUAUGAGAAAAAUAUUAUUUCAUCUUCAUACGC